CUCCUUUUUAUAGCUUUCCUUUAGUGCUCAUCAAUGAUGCUGGCAUAUGCUUGGGCUUGUUUGUAACUUCCCCUAGCUGCUGUUUAUAUUUUAAUUUCUAUUAUGUGCUUAAAAAUAACCUUCAAGCAUGCUGGAGUGAUUUAAUUUUCCUGACUCUCCUUUUCGACAUCCUUCUGAGAUUUCUUCUCUUGAAAUUUAGGGCCCCUCUGGACUGGUGGUUUUCGGUAUGUGUAUUCUGCAACAUGCACUGAUGGUGCAUUAAAGAUGGGUUCAUACUGGAUACAUUGUUCUGGUUUAAUAGGUGUCCCCCUAUAUUCCUGUACUGUAUUAUUGCCAUCUAUGCUAUAGCACAAAAUAAGCAGGACAAAAAUAGACCCCAGAACUUAGAAAAGUUGCAAGAUUUUAGUGUGAAACUAUGGGUCAUGCACCUAUUUUGAAAAAAGCAGUAUGACCACCCCAAAACAUAUGCUGCUUCAAAUGCUACUCUGUUGAGAGAAAUGGAGCAUUCUGCAUAAAACACUUUGGCCUUAAAUAAUCAAAACAGAUCGGAAAACAAUCUUCCAUCGGUUUGGUUAUUAUACCAGCUCCUCAUUCCGGAUCAAUCUCUCUCUCUGAUCUUUUUUUAAAAAAAGUUUAUUUAUUUGCAUAGUUAUAAAAUACAUAAUAUUAUGAUUAUUUAAUUCAAUAAGACUUCCUAAGCAUGCACAUAUAGAGAGUAAUGACUUGCUCUCAAUUGCCUGGAAGUCAGGGAAAACUCGAACGUGAUUGAGCUUUUUUUGAGUAGUAUUAUCUGCAUUGAACCAUCUCUUUUCCUAUCCGCUCCCCUUCUUCGAGACGUAUCUACGAUAUGGAGAACAGGAGCGCUCCUCCUUGCUACUGUGUUUGACUUAAAGGGUCCCUACAGGGCCACAAUAUGCUGGUUGAACAAAUACACGUGUCCCUAAGAGUCUUGUUUACCAACGACCGAGAGCCUUCUGGGAAAUGGUGUUCAUUAGCCCUGCUCUAGCUAGCUUAUAAGGCGAAGAGAAACAACAAAUCCCACUGUCCUCUGCGGUUCAGGAGGCUGACCAACACUUAUUUACGACUCUGCGUUCGGGAUGACUGGCAGGGCCUCCCGUCCAACCGAAGGCGCGGAAGGACAUCAAAACAAGUCUGUUUUCCACGGACGAAACCUGACAGGCAUUCGAAAGAUCCAAUGAGCAGAAAGAAACAUUUGAUGGGCGUCCGCCGGAGCCAUUGGGAGCCCAAAGUCCAUAAAAAGGCGGGCGGGGCUUUCCCGAGAGAGAGAGAGAAAGAGAGAGGGCGGGGAAAGAGAAAGCUGAAGGGAGUCCUGUAAUGGCGACGGGUUUGGUAAGUAGCGAGAAGUUUUGGAGCGAGCGUGAGGGGCGGUCAGGAAGGGACGGGGACGGACAGUCAGGGAACGAGUUGUUUUGAAGGCUUUUCUUUCUCGCCUGGGGGUCGUCGGGGUGUGGCGGGCACAGGGGAAGCUUUUUGUUGGUCACUUUGUGAGGUGCCGAAAAACGGCUGAGGAGAAAAGGAGGGGAGGAAGAAGAGGGCGCGACUCCCCGGAGGGGGGGAGACCCCCGCCAAUACGGCAACGGGCAAACUGCCACAGGCGAGGGGGGCGUUAGACCUGAGGAGAGCCCCCCCCGCGCUUCUGUUCCUCCUUUUUUGUCCCCUCCGCCUCGCCCUGCGUGAAGAGACCCGCUUGUUGAUUUGGCCAGCUGAGGGGAACGGGCCCUUAUCUCGACGCCCGAGAGCGUUUCCCCCCUCAGCUGUGGGGCGCGGGCCCCUUUCCCCGCCCCCACCCGAAGCCUCGUCCUGUUGUUACGCACUUCUGAAUGAAUGGGGCCUUUGGGCGCAUGCGCCGUGUCCUGCGAGGAAAAAGUUUAUAAACAAGGAGCAAGCGGGCGAGGUGGGGGGGGGGGAGCGCUCCUUCUUCCAGGCAAUGGUCCACGUGACCAGAGAGGGGCGGAGGGAGAGGCGCUUGGGCCGCUCGCGAGGCUCCGCCCGGUUUUCGGCGCUCUGUUAAAGGGACCAAUCGGCGGCCCGCGGCUCGUGCUCUCGCGCGUGACUCCCAACUGCCUCUCUCCCCUCUCGCGAGGCGCGUGACAGAUACUUGGCGAACGGGCGGCGCGCGAGAGUCCUCCCCUCCCCCCCCCCGCCUCCUGUUCUUGUUUUGCGCAGAUCCCGAGACGCUGCGCGCGGGUGGGGGGAGGGGCGGGGCUGACAGUGACAGAAACGCAGCAGGAGGAGUUAGCUGGAUCAGGGCUGGCCGCCUCCUUCCACUUUCUCGGCUUGUAUAACAGUGGGAAGUGGUGUCAUUUAAGUAACCGCACAGCUGUAUCGAGCUUCUCUCUCUCUUCCCUUGUGCAAACUCUGCAUGUUUCGCAGAGUCGUAGAACAGACUGUAGGGUUGGAAGGGACCCCCAGGGUCAUCUUGUCCAGCCUCCUGCAAAUGCAGGAAUCUCUCCGUGACAGAGGGCCAUCCAUCCUCUACUUUAGAACCUGUUUUUUUAAUUAAAAAAAACAUUGUGUGUUUGUGUCGUGAAGCAUCCUGAGAUCUGUGGAUGAAGAGUGGUAUUCAAAUUUAAUAAUAAUAAUAAUAACACUAUUCAAGGAAGGAGAGUCCAAACCUCACGAGGGAGACGGUUCCACUGUCAGAAAGUUCCUCCUGAUGUUUAGUCAGGAUUUCCUUUCCUGUAACUUGAAGCCAUUGUUUUGGGUCCUACCCUCUGGAGCAAGAGAAAUUAAGGUUGCUCCAUCUUCUAUGUGACAGCCCCUUAGAUAUUUGAAGGUUGCUGUCAUAUCUCCUCUCCCAAGUCCUUAUCACCAGACUAGACAUACCCAACCCCCUCAACUGUUCCUCAUAAGGCUUGGUUUCUAGACCCUUGAUAAGGUUCCUGACCCUUCUUUAACUUUGAGCUGCGUGAAGAUGGCAAGCCAAAUAGGAACCAGAGGGGGUGCUCUAGGGCAAGCAUGGCUGUAGGGAGGACCAGAGGGUCACUGGUGGCUACUGUUGUCUCUAGCUGUGAAGAUACCAUUGUUUCUGCACUGCCCCCCCACCAUUGACCUUUUUGGGGGGUGGGGAGGGAACACUGAAUCCACCAACUGAGAAGAAUCUUUCUGUGACUUGCCUUGUGCUGCUUUGAUGGUUGCUGGUGAAUAAAGUGAGACAGGAGAAAGCUUUGUGGUGGUGGCUUUUUCUUCUUUAAAAUAAAGAUGUGUGCGUGUUACAGGAAGCGCUGUCCCGUGGCUGCUCACUGAUACAUGUAAAGGUAUCUUUGACAGUGGGAUACUAGUUUUCAAAUGCACUAGGUUUCCUUGCCUGUUACGAUUUUAAGCAUGCAUCAUUCACGAUCAUGCAUGAUCCAAUAGGAACAUGUGAAGCAAUCUUAAGAGUGCAUCUGUUGUUUGUUUAUAAUGUUGAAUGAAUUGAACACUGCCAAAACCUACCUGAAAUGAAAUGCAACAGUUUUAAAAAUACAGUGGAUAUCUUAAGGUGAAUAGAAAUGUAAAAUACAAGUUUAUGAUAAGAACUGCAACAGCAAGUAAUAUUGCAUCAGAUGGUAAUCUCAACUGCUAGCUAACUGCACAACAGAGGUUGUGAACUCAUCUGCAGGUUAAAGGUUUUAAAAUAUUAAAAGUUUUUAUUUGUUGGCAGAAUGCCAUCAGGGAAGUAGCCAUGCAAAUCUUCUUUGGGAAGGCUUUCUUAUAGUGUGUGGUCAGCAACAUCUUUCUACACUGUAAUCUUGCCCAUUUUCAUAUUGUGUACUGGCAUGUGAAUAUCAUUUUCUUCAAAUUAAAGAAACAAUAUUCAAUCAAUAGUUAAUUCUUUUUUAAAAGAUUCUUAGGACAAUGGUGGAAAAGCCAUCUGGGUGUUUAUAUAAUGACUUACAAGUUAUUAAGGAUGAAAACAGCAUGGGGGGGGGAAAUCCUACUUGUAUGCCUUAUUUGCAUUUUUUUCUCAAAAUUGAUUCCUAUGUGUGAAAGCUGGCAUUGUUUUUCUCUAGUGGAUGAGUUCAGUUUCCUCUGUAGAUCUGUGCACACUUGUAUAUUGCUUUUCGAGCAGCCUACUCUGAUUACUGACUAGUGGAGAGCUUAGGUACGUGGCUCUUGAGCCCCUUCCACGGACCAUUUUGAUAGAUGGGUGGGGUUGCCCACUUAUCAGUCAGCUGACAUUAAGCGACCCCACAAUCCUCAUUUUAGGCAGCAAAUGACUGCACUAUGGAAUUCUGUAAGAAUGGGUGGAAUAGCUCUAUUUUUACUUAAAAAAAUCUUUUCCUUGUGGAUAAUUCCUGUGGGCAAAUUUUGAAUCACGAAGUGGAGGGGGACAAGAUGCAAUUCCUGCAGGGACUCAAUUUGGCUCUUUGGCUUACUACAGUAGUUGGCUUUCUUUCUCUGAACGGCAAAACAAUAUGCUAGUGAGACCUGAAACAAAAUGUUGCAGUAUGGAGUGCUCCUGCUCAGGUUCUAGCCAGCCAUGUCCUCUUCUAGGACACACCAUUCCAUUUCCCUUCUCCCUCAGUUUUUGAUUCCUCCUCCCUGAAAAGACACGGGAUUAGUAUGCUCACUCGUCUCAUUGGUCUGUGUCUAAGUCCCCCCCUCCCCCCUUUAGGGUUUUUUCCUAUCUUUCUUUUUAACUAGUUCUGGAAUUCCCCUGCACAUGUUCCCUCUUAUUUCUUAGAAGCCCCAUUUUGGCUACACUGUGGUUGGCACUCACCAGCUGACUUUGUUGUUUAAGUUGUGUCUUUAUUCAGUAGCUUGAAGUUUGCAAAUUUUGUCUUCCAGAGGUUUUUUGUAUAAAUUAUGGCUGAAUCUUGCUGUUUACAGACUGAUUCUGUAUUUCAAGAUGCAUAAAGGAAAGUGUUUAUGCAUGAUGUUUGAUUGUUGCUGUUCUGCCUUGGUUUUAAUUUGUAAAUUAUCCAUUGUUAUCUUACAUAUGCAAAGACCUUAUGGCUGGCUUUUGUUAUUACUCAGAGUAACAAGUUAUUGCUUUAGAAGGGUGUGUCAUUUUAGGGAGUGAAACUUAAUUUUUGCAAAUUUCUUCAGUGAGCAGUCUUAAAAAAAUUUUUUUUGGGGUGUGAGGAAUUCAAAUCUGCCAUUAUGUUUGUUAUUGGACAACAUUUAGCUUGGUAAAGCUACGUUUGAUUAAAAAACACAUAAAUUGGAAAACCAAAUAAUUUUAAUUUUACCUUCUGAGAGUGUUAAAUACUGCUAUAAAAUUUUAGUUUUAUCUGCAUAAAACAUCCUACUAAGUAUACAUUACCUUGAAAUCAUAAAACAACAUUAGAAAGUAAUGACAUCAGUUAAUAAGAAAUUUAAACAACAGGUUUCAUCAAGUCUUGCUUUUAUUCAUUCUUGGAUAUCAGCCAUUGACUUGCUUCUUGGCCUCUAAUAUAGCCCUCACUUUUCUCAUGUGUAUAUACCCUGCCUGCUGCCUCUGUGACUUGUUUCUCACACCUCUCUAUAAGACUGAGAAUGACAGGGCCACUGUGGAACUUGCAUUGGCUUGUCAGUAAACUUUUUUACUUCUGCUGUAGUAAGUUUACAUGCCAAAGGAGGUUCAUACACCUCGCCAGACCAGUCUUGCCAACUCCCAACAGGGAUGAAGCACUGGGGUUUAUGGAAGGUGUCUUCCUCGGACAUACAGGAAGAUCUCCCAGUGUGUAAUAAUCUCUGCCCCUCAAGUCAACAUCUGAGCACAAAAGUGUCUGGAUUAUCAUUUUGCUGAAUACAUACUAUCCUGCAUGCUGGAUGGUUGGCCAAGCAGCAUCCACUACAGCCUUCUUUUGCAGCCUAACACACCACAGCUGAAACUCUGGUCUUUUUCAGUGAUCAAGCUAGCAUCCAUAAAGGCAGCAGUGGUUAUGGCAGCUGUGGCCACAGGCCAACACCAUAGCUGAUGCUUUGCGUAGCAACAUUAUGUAUUUCUAAUGUGUUGCAAUCUUCUUAUUUUUUAUUACAAGUGGAAGGUGUACUUGGUUUUCCGAAUGUCAAAUAAUAACUUCCAUCAUUUCCAUCUUUGGCAUCAAUGAGGGUGGCAAAAGUACUGUUUGCUCAGUCCCACUUGUCAAGCAUUUUAGGGUAAAUGUCAGUUGCAAGACUGGCUGUUGGGUAGUUUCUGACAUUCUCACCACUUCGUUCUCUUUGCAGUAGCCUAUCACAAAGUUGGGAGUUCAGAGUUCCAAUUAGGUUGCUCAUAUGUCUGUAUAUCCCAGCCUUGUUCUCUGUUUAGAAGCCAUUGUAGGUCAAUUCCCUAUGGUUAGGAUGGUUGUAGUAGUAGAAUUACAGAGUUUGAAGGGACCCUGAGGGUCAUCUAGUUCAACCCCCUGCAAUGCAGGAAUAUGCAGCUGUCCCUUAUGGGGAUCAAACCAGCAACCUUGGUGUUAUCAGCACCGAGCCAGCACUGAUGUUUUUAACACACUGAUGAAGAUUCUUCAACCUGUGAAAGAAGCAAAAUAUUCCUUUUUCUGCCUCAAAUUCGGAGAAAUUGAAUUUAGUUAGAAUAGCUGUUACUAUAAAAUAUACCAUUCCAUCAUUUCAACCGAUGAAUGCAACAUAUUGUUAGCAUGGUUGUAUAAAGAAUCAUGCUGAGAUGUUACAUUUGAUGAAUUGUGUAGACUAUGUAUAACAAUAAGGUCAGGCAAGAGUUAGCUAUGAGUCUUGGAGACAUUUUAAUUGGCAAAUUUUUUUUAUAGAGAGUUGGGGGUGAUAGAUCUUGGUAAUCCAUCUUCAUGCAGUUGUAACUGUAGCUAAGUGACUUAAUGCGUGUAAUUUUCUCAUUCUGCUUAAGUCAGAUAAUUUGAAGCAUCCUACCAUGGUUUGGGAAGUUAAGACUAACCAGAUGCCUAAUGCAGUGCAGAAACUCCUGUUAGUGGUGGACAAGAGAACUUCAAGGAUGAACGAAUCAUUGGAAUUACUGAAGUGUCAUGAGAACCUCCCAUCUUCUCCUGGAUAUGCAUCUUGUGAUGAGCACAUGGAACUUGGUAAAUACUCUGGCUUUCUUAAAAUAAACUGAGUAUGCAUUUGUGUUACACAAUGAGAUUCAUAUAGCAUUCAUUGGGUACCAUCCAUUGGGUACCAUCCAUUGGGUACCAUUCAUUGGGUAUGUAGAGUUGAGAGUGGGACUCAUUUAGCCCAGAUACUUUGGCCAAGAUCUAGAGUGCAUAUUGGGUCUAUGCAAGGGAAUUAGGCAAACUUGCUGAAUUCUUAUUAUUGCAUUCCCUUGAAUAACUUAAUUCUAUGCCAAAAAACAAAUGCGUUUGGAAACUCCCUUCAGUUUGCCAUGGAGGGAAGGAGCAUUGUCAGCUUGAAAUUGCAGAGAAUGCUGUAAUAAUAGCAACAUGAAUGUGCUGGAAGUUGGCCACAAUUGGUGGAUGUCUUCUGCUUCUUUGCGGAUGCCAUAUGAUUUCCUCAUUUUUUAGAAGACUGUUCCCAAAGGGCAACAAUAUACCUUUCACUAGAUGAAAAUACCAAGAUAAGGUUGGUUGCAAAGACUCUGGGCAUUGCCAAUUCCAAAUAUUCUAAAUAAUAUAAUAUCUGUCCUAUUUGAGGAACUUGCACAUGAAGCUCCACCCCUGUCAAUAUCUGCUCCAGUCAUACAUAUAGGAGGUGGUGCACAAAUGUUGGGUUGAGUUCUUCAUUGCUUGAUAUUGUGUGUUCAGUGUAGUUUUUGUGAAGGGAUCCUCCAGAAACAUACCAAGUUGCUUGCUCUGGAGACACCUGUGUUUAAACCUAAACUCAGAUGGGACAGUUCAGAACAUAAAUAUAUGACCCUCCAUUUCCAAUGCUGUUGGCAUAAUUUGAUAAUCCCUGGCCUACGGGAUUGUUGUUGUUUAGUCGUUUAGUCGCGUCCGACUCUUCGUGACCCCAUGACCAGAGCACGCCAGGCACUUCUGUCCUCCACUGCCUCCUGCAGUUAGGUCAAACUACGGGAUAAGGAGUGUCAAAAUCCCAAGCCGCGUCAGCAAAAGCCUUUCCAGAAACUGAGACAAUACUGGUGUAGUUAGAAGUGUGGGCUCCCUCCAACCAGCUCAGGACUUUUCAUGUUCCCAUUUUGGUGUGAUGGUGCAGUGAUGGGCCUUGAAGGUAGGAAAUGCCCAUGGACAAUAGGAAAUUUGUCGUUGCCCCCCCCCCCCCCGAAUCAUAAUAGUCAGGGAGAUCAACCUUAAUUGACCUGUAGACCUUCGGUUGUGCUGGUCUAAUCCGUAGGAAUCAAUCAGACCAUGUGCUCUUCUUUGCAGAUGAUCUUCCUGAACUGCAGGCUGUUCACACUGAUUCUACCCCACCUGCACUUUUCCAGCUGAGUGCUGAUGUAUCGCAUCAGGAAUAUUCAAGGCCUUCAUGGAACCAGGAUACCUCAAGCAGCAGUUCAGAAAAUGCUUAUACUUGUGAGAAUGGAGUGAACUGGUUGACAGAAUUGGCAAACAUAGCUACUAGUCCACAGAGUCCUCUAAUGCAGUGCUCUUUUUAUAACAGGUGUGGUGUAGAUUCAAAUUUCUUACAUUUCUAUCGAUUUUGUAGCUUGCAGCAUUUUUCAUAUCAUUUAAAGAGUUUUAUUUUGCAUUAAACUCUGGGAUACUACCCUUUUACAACUGGAACCUCCUUGCAUGGGUGGUUGUCUAAAGGCAUAGCAACUGUUUUAAACAUGUAAUAACAUGAAACAAAAAAUUUAAUGGUAAUUGCAGAGUCCCUGUUUUUAAAGUAGGCUGUUGACAAUUAUCACGUUUACUUGCUUUAGCAGUUUAUUGUUUAAAUUUAUUUUUGCUCCUUCUAUUUGUGUGCCACCCAGUCUACUUGCUUACGAUCUAAAUAAACCAAAAUGUUGUUCGCUGUUGCUUUGGGCCCCUCAGUCACUGUUCUGUAGCUGAAAGGGUGGCAGGAGGUUGGAGCUUCUAGGCUGCCCUGCCAUGUAGAACACUGUAGCUAAAGGGCUGAUUUCUCCCUUGUGUCCCCCAGCUAUAGCCUGGAAUAAGGAGGUCUUCAAGGAACUUACUAAGUUUAUUCCCCAGCCCUCCUUUCUUUGUAGCAAUGAGCAUUGGUUGGACUACUUGCUGUGUUAACCUCUUUUUCAUCUAUGUGUUUUGGUAACACUGGGGCAGACUGCUGCGGUGUGAUAAUAGUAAAAAAUAGUAAAAAAAUUGAGCACAGUAUUUGUUGAUGAAACCAAGCACAUCAUAGAAAUGUUAGCAGCAUUAUGUUCUAUUGCCAAAUAUGCAAAGGGAGAAAAGACCUCGAAGUUACAGAGUAUAAUUUAUUGGCCAAACACAUUUAAAGAUUUUUAUUUUUUCAGGAACCACUGAUUUUGGUCUGUUCAAAGAAGCAACUAAGACAUUACUAUCUCAGAAUUGUCAAUAAAUUACUCUUGGUGUACCUGUGAUGCUUUUCCUUCUUUCCUUCCUUGAGCAAUAUCUGCUUAUAUAUAUAUAUUUAACAAUUAUUUCCUAGAUCAUCUCCUGUUCAUCUAAUAGCUACAAGCAAAAGUUUACAUUCCUAUGCACGUCCUCCACCAGAAUCCUCUCAGAGUGACUCUGGUUUUCCUAAGCAUCACAUUGAUGAAACACCUGUCAGACAUGAAAGGGUAAGCUUUGUUUAUUGAACUAGCUAAAGACCAGAUUUAAACUUUUUAGAAAUUGAAAUAGCUUUACUUUGCCAGCUGCUCAUUUAGAUUUUUUACUUGUUUAGUGUUGGGAGCAAUCUUUGUGGUAGCGUACAUAGCUUGAAGAGCUCACAAUCCAAGGGAGGUACAGAAUGAACUACAAAAGACCAAGCUUUAUGAUGUUCACUAUUUUAUGCUUGGCAAGUAGAUUAAAACAUGAGAGAAGCUGUGAAACAAAACAUCAAAACACAUGGAAUGUUGUCUUAUUCAUUUCUACUACAGUGGUGCCCCGCAAGACGAACGCCUCGCAAGACGGAAAACCCGCUAGACGAAAGGGUUUUCCGUUUUGGAGCGCUCGCAUAAGCAAUUUCCCUAUGGGCUUGCUUCGCAAGGCGAAAGCCCAUAGGGAAAUCUCCGAGGACCUCUUUUAAAUGCUAGCGGUGGGGAGCAAAGCCUUCCCCCCUCCGGCCUUCAGAAGAGGUCCAGGAAGGCUGGCGGGGGCCGAAGGCUUUGCUCCCCACCGCCAGCAUUUUAAAAGCAGUCCGGGAUAGCAGGGAGCGCUUCCCGCUAUCCCGGACGGCUUUGAAGGCAGGAGAGGUCCGCGAAGCCUGGGCGCGCUGAUCUCAGCGCGCGCAGGCUUCGGCAUGCCGGCAACUCUCCGCAAGCAGCGGCAGCGCUGCCGCUGCUCGCGGAGAGGUCCGCGAAGCCUGGGCGCGCUGAUCUCAGCGCGCGCAGGCUCGGCAUGCCGGCAACUCUCCGCAAGCAGCGGCAGCGCUGCCGCUGCUCGCGGAGAGGUCCGCGAAGCCUGGGCGCGCUGAUCUCAGCGCGCGCAGGCUCGGCAUGCCGGCAACUCUCCGCAAGCAGCGGCAGCGCUGCCGCUGCUCGCGGAGAGGUCCGCGAGCCUGGGCGCGCUGAUCUCAGCGCGCGCAGGCUCCGGCAUGCCGGCAACUCUCCGCAAGCAGCGGCAGCGCUGCCGCUGCUCGCGGAGAGGUCCGCGAAGCCUGGGCGCGCUGAUCUCAGCGCGCGCAGGCCCGGCAUGCCGGCAACUCUCCGCAAGCAGCGGCAGCGCUGCCGCUGCUCGCGGAGAGGUCCGCGAAGCCUGGGCGCGCUGAUCUCAGCGCGCGCAGGCUCGGCAUGCCGGCAACUCUCCGCAAGCAGCGGCAGCGCUGCCGCUGCUCGCGGAGAGGUCCGCGAAGCCUUGGCUGGACAGCUUUUGAAGGCAGGUGGGGGGACAAAGACUUUCGCCCCCGCCAGCCUUCAGAAGAGGUCCAGGACCUCUUCUGAAGGCUGGCGGGGGCAAAGUCUUUGUCCCCCUGCCUGCCUUCCCAGGAGCUUUCAAAUUGCCCCGGACAGCGGAGAAGUCCUCCGCUGUCCCGGGGCAAUUUUAAAUGCCGCCCGCCAGCAUUUUAAGAUCGCCCGGACAGCGGAGAAGCCCUCCGCUGUCCCGGGGUUUUAAAAUGCUGGGGUGGAGUGGGAAGAAAGCCCUUGUCCCCCCAGCCUUCAGAAGAGGUCGGGGGACAGACUGUCCCCGGACCUGGUCUGAAGUCGGUUUCCCUAGGAACGCAUUAAUUGAUUUUCAAUGCAUUCCUAUGGGAAACCGUGCAUCGCAAGACGAAAAACUCGCAAGAAGAAAAAACUUGCGGAACGAAUUAAUUUCGUCUUGCGAGGCACCACUGUACUGUCAAUACAGAACAUUGUAUUCUGAUUCUUAGGCCAAUUUAAAACAUACAUUUUUAGCAUCGCUUACUUUUGAGAACAGCUGUCUUGGCAGUUUUCUGUUUGCCUUAAUCAUGUUGCACGUGUCAUUUUUGCCUAGCAUCAGGGGGACACACUAAGGUGGGGUGAGCUUUGUGUGUGAGAGGGAGAGAGACAGAGAGACAGACAGACAGGCAGAAAUGAGGAGAGUAGCAUAGGAAUGCUUAAAUAUGGAACUGGGUCUUUGGUUUGUGAAAGAUUUGUUCCAUAAUGUAGUUGCUACAAAGAGUCAUAUAAAAGAUGUAAAAUUUAAGAAUACUUGGGAAAAGACAUAGCAGUGAUUAAGUGAAAUAUUAGAAACCCCAUGCAGCUUGGUUUUGCAAGAAACUGAAAAAUAAUCAUAUUGUCCACCUAGAAAUAUUUAUUUAAAUACCUUUAUGUGGCUUUGUUUUCUCAACAGACAAAUAGUGAAUCAGAGUCUGGAAUUUUCUGUAUGUCAUCCCUGUCAGACGACGAUGAUCUAGGAUGGUGCCACUCCUGGCCUCCAACUGUUUGGCAUUGUUUCCUUAAAGGUAAAAUGCCAUAUAUUACAUGGCAGGAUUUAAUAAUUGGGUUUGCCAUUUUAAUGACACUAAUUUUCUUUUUAAUAAAACUUUAGGAACACGUUUAUGCUUUCAUAAAGGACGCAACAAGGAAUGGGAGGAUGCUGAAGAUUUUGCUAGGUCCACAGCCUGUAAAAAUGAAAUGGAUGAUUCAGUGAGUACUUACAAAGUAAGUUUUUCCUUUCAUAUUCUUUUGUAAUGACCACAGCAAUUUAUCAGCUGCUUGUCUGAGUUAAUUUCUAAACGUUGCAUGCUUUAAAGAGAGACAGACAGCAAAGGAAAGCAUUUACAUGCAGCCAUCUUAAUAGGAUAGCCUGUGAGGAAGGAGUAGAAAGGUAUGGUUGGCUACUUGGCUGCAUAUCCAGGAGCAAUGGCAGCUUGCUCAAGAAAAGCUGAUGCUAAAUUAUUUGGUGAUAGUGUCAAAGGGAAAAUUUCCUCUUUUGAAGUGCUGCUGCAAACUAGGCUGAUUACAUAUUAAAGAAAUCCUGCCUGACACGUCUUGCCCAUUGUGGCUGAUCAUAUAUGUAGUAAACAAAUCUAGUGACUAAAGUGAAAUAAAUGUUAGUGGCUGAGCCAGAAAUAUUGUGAGAAGGAGAAAGUGACUGUUUUUGCCAAAUAAAUUACACACUCUUAGUUCUUUUAGGAUGAGAGUAGUUUCAAUGUCCGUAGACUCACGUGUUCCUUGAAUAACCAAAGCUCGCCUGUUCUACAGGGAUAUGGUUCUGAUGGUUUGAAGUUGAUAUCCCAUGAAGAAAGUGUUUCAUUUGGCGAGUCAGUUCUAAAAUUGACUUUUGAUCCUGGCACAGUGACAGAUGGCUUGCUUACUGUAGAGUGUAGACUAGAUCAUCCUUUCUAUGUUAAAAACAAAGGUAAGAAAUUAUUAUAACUAUUGUAAUGCAUGUAGAACAUCACUGUACUGUAUAUUCUGGUUAUCCAGUCAUCAUCUUAUUGCCAUAAACUGUCAUAGUCUUAAAAAAACCAUCUAUUACCAUGUCAAAAACUUUCUUCUUCAUCUCUGCAGUCUCUUCUGUCUCUGUGCAGAAAAUGUCUAAAACUUCCAUGUACAUCCUCCUCAAUUCUUUCAACCUCCCAGCGUUAGUACAUUUAGCGAACACCUCUAAUACUAGAGACUUUUUUUCUGAGGAAAAUAAAACCUUGUUCCAGCAGGCUUUUGGGAACUGUCAAAUUUUAAUGAAAGGGCCAGUGUCAUACUGUUUUCAUUAUAAUUAUUUGUAUGGUUUUACCAGAUUUUUAAAGAUAUCCAUAUGUAAAUGUUUGAUUGUUUUUUAAUUACUGCUUUUUCUAAGUUUCUAGCACUUCUUUAUUUUUAUGUUAGCUGCCUUGAGUCCCUGUCAGGAAAAAAGGCAGGAUAUAAAUAAAUAUAGAACAGCAGGCUUAUGUUAAAUGCAAAUACCUGCUGGAGAAGGAGGUCUGGAACUCUUCUGGCAGGUUCCAGCAUGGUAGAUACCUAUGUGUAAAUUAAAGCGUUUGCUAUCUCUUGCAAUGAAACUCAUGUAGCAUCCCAAUGGUGAAUAUUUUGAUUGCCAUGACGUUACGCUGUAACGUUCGUUUGGUUUGUGCCAUCUGAACUCCUUUAUGUGCAGUCACAGCAGAUCCUAGGGUACUGGAAAAGUUUGAUGUCUUCCAUGAUACUGAAAAUCAACUGUUGCCCUUGUAUAGAAUUUGAACAACCGAAACCAUUCAACUUCUGGGAAGAGCUUUCUUUACCAAAUAACCCCUGAUCCUACUAAACUUAAUUGUGCUCAAGUUCCCUGGAAAACAGUGCUGUUUGCAUUUUCUUGCAGACAUUAUUCAGUUGCCUCACUGAUUUCAGUAGGAGUUCAGCAUGACUAACUUUAGAUAACAUCAUACCCAUGACUUUUUGGAUAUUGAUAUGGAGCAGAGGGAAAGCCGUAAGCUCUUAAUUGUGCAAUAUUUUCCUUGCUGAAAGUGGUGAAGUCCUGUUAGAUUAUCCAUUCCUUUGGUGGUAGGAUAUGUUUAAAAUAAGCAAUUAAAAAAAUGACAUGAACAAAUUUUUUCCUGUUCUGAAGAAAAUACUGAGAUUCUAAAGCCUCUUUCUCCCCUUUCUCUACAUAUGUGGUGACUCCAUGACACUUUGGGCAGGUUCCUUUAUGUAUUUUAUUUCUAAUUGUAAAACACCUAGGGAAACACCAAGGGUGCAAUGCCCAGGGAUCAUAGGAUAUAUUGGGUCUCCCUCUCUGACAUUAGAGACAAGAGAUUCGAUGCCACACUAGAGAAAGAAAUUUCAUGUCAGAUUUUGCCCCCACCCUGGUGCAGAAACCUCUUGAUGCCCUAGCCCAGCCCAGAAUUGGGCAUGUUGAAACUGGUUCAAAGGUGUGUCAGGGAGGGUUGGGGAACAACUCUGGAGAGACCCGGUCAUUAAUUGAUCUAAAUCUCUCUCAGUAAUUGUUACCCCAGUGUUCACAAUGGGAGGGAAACUGUGGAAGGGAAGAGAGACUGCAAAAUAGAUGAAUGAGUGCAAGAGCAUUCCUCCAACUCACUUCUCCACUCUUAGUGAGAGCCUGGCAGAUCUUUGCUUAAAGCGCCUUCAUAUUCUUGACAUUUGGAUUCUAAAUACAUUUGCUAAGGAGGAAGCCACAUUUAACACAGCAGGGCUUAUUUCUGAGCCGAUGUAUAUAGAAUUGUGUUUCGUGCUAUUAGGACUCUAAAUAAAGAGAAUCUGAGUUGCUGGACUAUUUAUCUAAUUCAAGGUUUUUUCCAUUCAGGCUGGUCAUCUUUUUAUCCGAGCCUGACUGUGGUUCAGCAUGGAAUUCCAUGUUGUGAAAUGCACAUUGGAGAUACAUGUCUACCUCCAGGACACCCUGAUGCCAUUAAUUUCGAUGAUUCGGGUGUGUUUGAUACAUUCAAAAGGUAACUCUUAAGAAUGGACAGGAUUUUAUUUCAAUUGUUUUUUGCUACCUUGAGCACUGAUUGGUGGAAGAAAGACACAUAAAUAUAACUAAUAGAUAAACAGUGUAUCAAGUUAACCAUUUCUCCAUGCUUUUCUUAGGUGUUACUAACAAUUUGUUGGUUCCUUCUAUUCCAGUUUAAAUUUUAAACACACACAAAAAGCAGUCAAUGAAGUUUCUCAGACUUUAUAAAUUUAUUUUUCUUACAGUACCUUGAACAAGUAGCAGAUGAUGGCAAUCUCAAAUAAAACUGAUUGUGCAGGGUUUUGGUUUUUUUAAAAAAAAAACUUAGAAUGCAGUUUAAAUGCAAUAUUGGAUGUUAUUUUUGGAAAUGUUGGACACGUGAACUAUAUUUUAGCAAUUUGUUUUCUUUAUUCAUGGUUGACUGUAUAUCAGCUUUACCUGUAGUAUCAAUAAAAAAUCUAUAGAAUUAUCAGUUUUCUUCCACUAGGGGGUAGAAAACGACCAGUUUCAAGCCUUCAGUUAGAAUGUGUGGCAUGAAUAAGAGAUGAAUUUGCCUCUAAUUGAUAUACUGAAUGAGAUGGAGAACAAGAUCCAGCAAAUGGGAGCAUUGUUAGGUGUUAUUUGAGAGUUGUGAUGUUAAAUUCUUGAGAAUAAUUUUUUGGAGAAUAUUCUCGAUUAAGGUGAAUAUUAGAGAAUUUUCAUUUAAAAUAGGAGAAUAUUCAUUUUAAUGCAUUGAAAAUGAUAUAAUUUUUAAUGUAUUGAAAAUGUUAUAAUUCAUUAAUAUACAUGUUUAUUCAUGGGUAAACCUGUUCAGAUGGCAACCAAAAACUGUACAGAUACUUUUAUUCAUUUUUUUUGCACCAAACAUGAAAUUGAAAAUUCAGCAUGAAUGACUCAUGUUAAUUACUAAGCCUGCCACUAACUGUAUAUUUACCAUCAACUUUGAAUUCUAAUUAUGUUGUGUAUGUAUGAAAUGUAGCUUUUAAAGUAAAGGGACUAUAAAAAAACUCAGGUCCGCUACAUGAGUAUGUUAUUUAAUAAGUAUAUCUACAUGGUACAGUAUUUUCAGUGCAACACUAAUACAUCAAUAUAAAGUUUAAAAUAAAUGCUAUUAUUUCCAGAAAAUAAAACACAAUCAGUAAUGACAAGUGACAUAACAUCAGAAAUGCAAAUUGCUAUCUGCUUAGACAAGUAAGGCAAUAUACAACAUAUUUAAAUUAUAACUGAUAAAUUGUCACAAGAAAUAAAUUUAUUUUAAAAAUAGGCUUUAAGUAACAAGUGUCAAAUGUUUAUAAAUUUAUAUUGACUCCUCAAACAUCUUAAGAGGAUAAGUCACCAUCUUCAUCUCCACUGGUAACAGAGCUUUCAGUUCCACACUGAUCAUCUGAUCAUAGAAUGAAAUUGAUGGUUGUGUAAAAUUGACUGAGUUUGCUAGAAGCUGUGUUUUCUUCUAGGAGUUUUAAGUUAUUUACUAGAUUUUUAAAAUACGGGUUGUAAAACUGGUUCUUACAUUAGAAUUUACAGUUUGUGGAGAAUAUUCUCAUUCUCGAGAUUAUUCUCUGGAGAAUAUUCUCACCUCACACCACUAUUUGAGAGUAAAUCUAGACUUGAAAAAUAAAACCUGCAACCUAUUUUUUAAACGGAUUUCUCCAUUUCAGUUAUGAUUUUACACCGAUGGAUUCCUCUGCAGUUUAUGUGCUAAGCAGUAUGGCCCGCCAACGCCGUGCUUCUUUAUCUUGUGGAGGAUCAGGAAGCCAAGACUUUGAAAGAUCAGAAUGCAGUACAAACUGUGGACCUGCUCAGUCAUCACAGAUUUCACCCAAUUCUUUGUAUAGUAAAGCCAGCAAAAGCCACAGCUCAGGGACUGCAAGUACUGUGAAUGCCACUUCUCCCAACAAAUGCAAAAGACCAAUGAAUGCCUUCAUGCUUUUUGCCAAAAAGUACAGAGUAGAAUAUACUCAGAUGUAUCCAGGGAAAGAUAACAGGUAAGAAUAUGUACGCUUCUGAUUGUGAUUUACAUUUUAAGUGCAGAGAGUUCAGAUGUGGGUUGCUGGCCUGAUAAACGAAAAUACUAUUUUCACGGGGGUCCUUUUAAAUUGCUUUUGAAAAUGCUUCCAAAAUGGAAACUUGCAUAUUGAUGUGGUUUGAUGUAAUGUUCUUUGUACAACCAAGGGUCAAGCAGUGGGUUUGUAGACGAGCUUAAAACACAGUUUCCCGGUUUGCAUCUCAUUGGAAACUGUGGUUUAACAAACAAAGAAGUUUCCUCUAAAAAAAGCAGAGAGUAAUGGCAUGCUGCCAUUGACAUAAUUCACUAUUACAGUACUGCCAACAUUUUUGAUGGAUAUAAUGGGAAGCAGGCGGGAACAAAAUUAUGACAUGUAGCUUAAACUACGUGAUUGCUUAGCUUAUUAGUGUCUCUUCUUCCCUUUCUUUUCUUCAAUGAAUGGAUGGCUAACCUCUGGUCAUCCAGCUGUUGUUGGGACUCUAACUCCCAUCAGCCAGUCAGCAUGGCCAACAAUUGAGGAUGGUGGGAGUUGUGGUCCAGCAGUACUGGAGGGCCGUAGGUUAGCCUCCCCGUUUUAAAUUAAGGAACACAUGCUUUCAGUUAGGAAAGUGGUGCUCGAACAAAGGGAACAGAUCUCAAGAUGCUUCAUUUUAUGCAUGUCUCAAAGUAUGCAUUAUAUAAAUCAGGCAUAGGCAAACUCGGCCCUCCAGAUGUUUUGGGACUACAACUCCCAUCAUCCCUGGCUAACAGGACCAGUGGUCAGGGAUGAUGGGAGUUGUAGUCCCAAAAUAUCUGGAAUGCCAAGAUUGCCUAUGCCUGACAUAAAUGCUAGGUGGUGUUAUUGUCAUGCAUGGCAGAAAUGUUAUGUAUUCUAGGCUGCAAUCCUACAGACACUUAUCUGGGAGUAUGCACUGCUGAAUAGCAGCAAAGGAAAACUAUAGCAAGACACACAACAAACUGGUGGUUGUAUUAAUGUUGAAUUUCUUUAUCAGUGGUUUCUUAUAUACUGUUAUUAAAGUAGCCACAAGCAGUAUGUUUAGGCACAUCUUUAUGUGCCUAAAGCAAAGUACAUACAUACUCUUCCAAACUCUGCAACUUUGGACUGGCCCAAUGUGAACUUGCAGACACAUACUGACGUCAUCCAUUUUUUUUUAAGAUUAGUUGUCAGGAUAAGUGGGACAAAUAUAAAGCACUUUGUUGUGUGAAUUAUGGUAAUAGAUGUCUAGUUGAAAUGUAUUUGUAUUCAGCAAUAAGGAGAUGCAAGCAUAAUGGGUAUUAAUUACAUAUGUUAUCAUGGUAGAAGUCUUGAAUAUUAAGGCCCUGUAAUGAGCUGAAUGCUUUGCUCUACCAUCAUCCAUGCUUACAGAAAAAUAGUUCUCCAAAUUUGACAAAUUACUUACAAAUAUCUUCAAAAUCAUGUAGGACUUCCUGCCUUUCAGUUAAUUCAGUGUCACAGGAUAAUAAACAAUUGCACCUAGCUUGAACAAGGACAUUAUCUGUGAACACUUGAGUGUUUUCUUGUAUAUAAUUUUUAUCCUGUGCUAUCCUCAGAAAGGAAAUGGAUACUAGAAAAAGUUACAUGUGCUGCUGGAUUCUUGCAUUGACUAUUUCCUAAAUAUUUCUCCUGCAGAGCCAUAAGUGUGAUACUUGGUGACAGGUGGAAAAAAAUGAAAAAUGAAGAAAGGCGGAUGUACACAUUAGAAGCCAAGGCCUUGGCUGAAGAACAAAAACGUUUAAACCCCGACUGCUGGAAACGGAAACGAACAAAUUCAGUAUGUUUUUCCUCUACUUUGACAUUUUAGUGCGCGUCUUGGUGCUUGGGAAUUCACGUAGAAUACUUCAGAACUGCAGAGCACCCGCCCCUACAUUCUCUGUGAAAUUUGAAAUGUAACCCCAUGUUUACCAGCAGGCUUUUCCUUUCAUAGGGAAUUCAUUUGUCCAUGUUCAAAGUUACCCUUUUCAUGAUACUGUAUGAUAAUGCACAAAAGGGGGGUAAAAAAGUCUCUUUUUUGCAUUUCCCUGUGUAGAUGUUAACAUCUAAAGGUAGGGGCAAGAAUAGAGUUGCUUAUGGCAGAUGUCUAAGAAAACUAAUCUCUGUAUCAUCAUCAUUCAAAAAGUCCUGCUUUCCCUGGCCAUAUACCAUAUAUUGCUCUGUUGAAAGAGCAAUAUUUUGGCACUGACCAAGUACUCAGCCUUAUGACAGCGCAUCCCCACUCCUCCCCCCAAUCAAUUUAUUAAAUUGAUGCCAGCAUUGCCUCCUUAAGCGAUAGAAGCCAGAGCUAACAAAGAGAAAAUUAGCAUAUUUUUUGCUCUAUAAGACUCACUUUCCCCCUCCAGAACAGCAAGAGGGAUUGCUGCUUUCACUGCAUAGCGAUCCCUCUUGCUGUUCUGGCUUCUGAGAUUCAGAAUAUUUUUUUUCUUGUUUUCCUCCUCCAAAAACUAGGUGCGUCUUAUAGAGCGAAAAAUACGGUAUUUCUAAACAAUAGGUGAAGCCAUUCUUCACAGGACCAUAGAAAGGCAUUGCCUUUGACAUUCUGGGCAGGUUUUGAAACCACCUUACAAAGGGGGAAAGGAAUAAAGGAACGCUCAUUUUGAGAUAGGUGCUUUAAGGAAAACCAGUUGUAGAAAGCAUUUAUUAUGGGUUGGGUCCUUAGGUUCCCUUUUAGACCAAAUAUUUCUCUUGUAGGAAAGGAACCUGGAUCCAACGCAAUGCUUUUGGGUUAAAUAUAUUGGCACAAGAUCACCUGAAAGUUCUUCCCACAGGGUUGCCAUUGGGGUUUUUUUGUGUGUGGUUGUGCUGAAGCAGGUAAUAUACAUGGUAACAUACUUCCAUGUGCAAAUUGAGUCUCACGCUCAGUGCAUUCAUCUUAAUUUCUGGUUCUCAUUUUUACAGGGUUCACAAUAACAUUAGAUCGGAAUUCUUCUACAAAUACAUAGUGGAGGAAGACUUGAUGAUCAAGAAUUCAUGAUUUGUUGUGAAGGUGCGACCAUAAAAUACUGGCAGCAUUGAGUUGUUAGGAAUGAGAAUUUGCUUAUUACAGUAGAGCAUUAAGAAAGCUAAAAACUAUCAGCAUUUUAAAACCAAAUUGCCUUAUUUUUCUUCCAAACUACAUAUAUGUCUAUCAGGUGUAAUAGGCUUGAAAAUGGAUAUCCUGUGGUGCUAAAGAAAUAGUAGGAAGAGGAGCUUUGUAUAAAUGUUUAUUUUUAAGAAAAAUGCAAAAAAGGGGAAUUUUAAAUAUGUAACCUGUUUAUACAUUGAUUCUUAUUGCUGAUUAAUAUGUAUUGCACAAACUAUGUAAUUAACUACAAAUCUGGGAGCUGGGAUUUUCUGACAUAAUAUAUGAACUUCUCGUUUGCCCAGUGCCAACAAGUUACCAGAAUGUGUGGCAAAGUGGAUAGGAAAUGUAUAUACUAUAUGUAUACUAUAUGUAGCAAAAUUGUUAUCUUUUUGGGAAGAUAACACAUUUAUAAAUUAUUUGAGGUGUGAUCUCUUCCCAGCAAGAAUAAAAAGGAUUGCAGAAUUGCCAGGGCUGUCGAUAAAGGCCCAGGGGUUAAAUUCAUUACUUGCAUUAUCCCAAAAGAAUGGUGCUUUUGUGGUGUCACCAUUUUAUUCUUAAAGGGUUGGGGGUUUUUUUGCCGGGGGGGGGGUGGGGAUGGGUGUUCCUAUGCUGCAUAUUUUAAAGAUUUUAUUUUGCCAUAAGACAUCUUUUAUGGUGGGGACAAACUUUGCACUUACUGUAGGUGCAACAUUUGCACUUUACUGUUUCCCCUCCAUCUAUCUAAAAGUAGAGGAAAUAUGUUAGAUUUAUGGCUACUUUUGCUGUGAACAUUACAACAUAGCUUUUAAUGUUACUAAAUAAAGAGUGUGUUUCUGUUUAAGAAUCACAACAAUAAAUUUCAGCACCUGACAUGUCUAUGAUGUUGCACACUAUAUUCAUGUAUUUCAAAUAAAUUUGUAAAAUAUAUUGUCUAGUAUUAUGUACAUCAAAUGAGUUGUGACUAAAUGCCAUUACCCAUCUAUAUGAUUGCUACAUAGGAGGAGCACUUAGAGCAAGAAUGCAUAGGAUUUUUAAUUAAGAUAAAAACAUUGUUACUUCAAUGUACAUGGAAUAAAGAAUUAUGUAAUAUGAAAAAUGCGACUUUAAACCUCAAGGAUAGUUGCCAAGAAGUAAAUGUGUAUUGUAUACACAAAAGGUUUUUCUUGUGGUCAGCUUAGAAGCUCUUUACAUGAAAAUCUUGUUUCAGUGUCUCCAGGGAAAAGAGCCUUUUUGUGAUACAAAAUGCUUUGGUUUCUAAAUUAAAAAGUGACAUUAGAACAGCAUUUAAAAGUUUUUUUAUUAUAUACAGAAAGCUGAAGACUGCAUAGUGCAUUUGAUUUUCAGACAUUUAAGUAUUGACGUCUUAUAGUUCUUGGUAGGUUUUGCAAAAGUCAGGUGCUGUUUAUAUUAAUUCUAAGUAUUACCCUACCAGUACAAAUUAAAUAUGUCAGAGGAGUUUCCAUACCUUCCAAAGAACAUUUUACUGAAGAGUAGACAGUGCCUUCUGUAGCAGUUGUACCAUUAUGGGGUAGACUGGAGCAAAUUCCUUUCCUUCUCUACUUCUUACUGACUGAACAUAAGCUUCCAGUGCACCUCUGUUUAAAGGAAAAAACAUACUCAUUAGAAUCGGAAGUGUUUGUUAUGUGAGCCUCUAACAACAAACUAUAUGGAUCACACUUUCAAUUUUGCACGUUAUUUUGUAAGUCCAUUCCAGCCCAUUUCCACAUUAAGCUGUGAUUUCUGAAAGAAAUGACUCUAGGAAAAUUUGUAUUUAAAAAACUCACUUGAUUACAAAACACAUUUAAAUACAGUAUUUUUUCUCCGUACAUGGAUUUAUAAACUUCUUUUAUCAUGCAAAACUGUAUAGAAAAAUUCAUAAAGAUGCAAAACCUAAAAGAUAAUUAUAUUCUCAACCAUAUUAUUAUGGCAGAAAGUUUGAACUGGAUCAGCUCACUUAAAAAUGCAGCUUUGGUCUUUAACCACCAGAAUGCCACUAAUGAGGGGACUGAACCUAUGACCACCAUAGGUUUUGCAACUGAAAAGGAUUACAGCUAUGUUAUGAGAACAAUGGGCUUGUGAAGAAGGGCUGCAUAAGGGUUGUCUGAAGUGGGUAGUGCUGUGCCUUCCAUACGCUGACAGCAUACUUUACUGUUUCAGAUAUUACACAGCACAAAUAGAGGCACUUGUGCUCCCAGCACAAAAUUGUCCAUAGAUGACUCUGUAACAUUCUGAUCUUUGCUGCUAUAGUGAAGAAGCAAUCAACCAAUUUUGUGGACGUGGAACU